AUGGACAGUACCCAACUCACCACCUACCAUAGUAAUGGACAGUCCACCACCUCAUCACCUACCACUACUAAUAGACAUUCCACCACAUCACCACCUACUACUACUAACAGAGAUUCCAACACAACAUCUUCUAACACUACUAAUAGACUUUCCACCACCACACCAACUACCACUACUAAUGGACAGUCCCCCAACUCACCACCUACCACUAGUAAUGGACAGGCCACCAUCUCACCACCUACCACUACUAAUGGAAAGUCCACCACCUCACCACAUACCACCACUAAUGGACAGUCCACCCCCUCACCACUUACCUCUACCAAUGGACAGUCCACCACCUCACCACCUACCACUACUAAUGGACAGUCCACCACCUCACCACCUACCACUACUAAUAGACAGUCCACCACCUCACGACCUACCAAUACUAAUGGACAGUCCACCACCUCACCAACUAUCACUACUAUUAGACAGUCCACCACCACACCACCUACCACUACUAACGGACAGUCCACCACCACACCACCUACCACUACUAAUGGACAGUCCACCACAACAACACCACCUACCACUACUAAUGGACAGUCCACCACCCCACUACCUACCACUUCUAAUAGACAGUCCACCACCACACCACCUACCAUUACUAACGGACAUUCCACCAACACAACAUCUACCACUACUAAUGGACAGUCCACCACCUCACCACCUACCACUACUAAUAGUCAGUCCACUACCUCACUUCCUACCACUACUAAUGGACAGUCCACCACCUCACCACCUAACACUACUAAUGGACAGUCCACCACCUCACCACCUACCACUAAUAAUGGACAGUCCACGACACCACCACCUACCACUACUAACGGACAGUCCACCAACACUACAUCUACCACUACUAAUGGACAGUCCACCACCUCACCACCUACCACUACUAAUGGACAGUCCACCAACUCACCACCUACCACUACUAACGGACAGUCCACCACCACACCACCUACCACUACUAACGGACAGUCCACCACCUCACCACCUACCACUACUAAUGGACAGUCCACCACCCCACUACCUACCACUUCUAAUAGACAGUCCACCAUCACACCACCUACCACUACUAACGGACAGUCCACCAACACAACAUCUACCACUACUAAUGGUCAGUCCACCACCUCACCACCUACCACUACUAAUAGUCAGUCCACCACCUCACUACCUACCACUACUAAUGGACAGUCCACCACCUCACCAACUAUCACUACUAUUAGACAGUCCACCCCCACACCACCUACCACUACUAACGGACAGUCCACCAACACAACAUCUACCACUACUAAUGGUCAGUCCACCACCUCACCACCUACCACUACUAAUAGUCAGUCCACCAACUCACUACCUACCACUACUAAUGGACAGUCCACAACCACACCACCUACCACUACUAAUGGACAGUCCACCACAACACCACCUACCACUACUAAUGGACAGUCCACCACCUCACCACCUACCACUACUAAUAGACAGUCCACCACCCCACUACCUACCACUUCUAAUAGACAGUCCACCACCACACCACCUACCAUUACUAACGGACAGUCCACCAACACAACAUCUACCACUACUAAUGGACAGUCCACCACCUCACCACCUACCACUACUAAUAGUCAGUCCACCACCUCACUACCUACCACUUCUAAUGGACAGUCCACCACCUCACCACCUAACACUACUAAUGGACAGUCCACCACCUCACCACCUACCACUAAUAAUGGACAGUCCACGACACCACCACCUACCACUACUAACGGACAGUCCACCAACACUACAUCUACCACUACUAAUGGACAGUCCACCACCUCACCUCCUACCACUACUAAUGGACAGUCCACCACCUCACCACCUACCACUACUAAUGGACAGGCCACCACCUCACCACCUACCACUACUAAUGGAGAGUCCCCCACCUCACCACCUACCUCUACUAAUGGACAGUCCACUACCACACCACCUACCACUACUAAUGGACAGUCCACCACCACACCACCUACCACUACUAAUGGACAGUCCCCCACCUCACCACCUACCACUACUAAUGGUCAGUCCACCACCACACCACCUACCACUACUAAUGGACAAUCCACCACCACACCACCUAAUACUGCAAAUGGACAGUCCCCCUAACUCACCACCUACCACUAGUUAAUGGACAGUCCACCACCUCACCACCUACCACUACUAAUGGACGGUCCACCACCUCACCACCUACCACUACUAAUGGACAAUCCACCACCACACCACCUAAUACUGCAAAUGGACAGUCCCCUAACUCACCACCUACCACUAGUAAUGGACAGUCCACCACCUCACCACCUACCACUACUAAUGGACAGUCCACCACCUCACCUCCUACCACUACUAAUGGACGGUCCAACACCUCACCACCUACCACUACUAAUGGACAGUCCACCACCUCACCACCUACCACUACUAAUGGACAGUCCACCACCUCACCUCCUACCACUACUAAUGGACGGUCCACCACCUCACCACCUACCACUACUAAUGGACAGUCCACCAACUCACCACCUACCACUACUAACGGACAGUCCACCACCACACCACCUACCACUACUAACGGACAGUCCACCACCUCACCACCUACCACUACUAAUGGACAGUCCACCACCCCACUACCUACCACUUCUAAUAGACAGUCCACCAUCACACCACCUACCACUACUAACGGACAGUCCCCCAACACAACAUCUACCACUACUAAUGGACAGUCCACCACCUCACCACCUACCACUACUAAUAGUCAGUCCACCACCUCACUACCUACCACUUCUAAUGGACAGUCCACCACCUCACCACCUACCACUACUAAUGGAGAGUCCCCCACCUCACCACCUACCUCUACUAAUGGACAGUCCACUACCACACCACCUACCACGACUAAUGGACAGUCCACCACCACACCACCUACCACUACUAAUGCACAAUCGACCACCACACCACCUAAUACUGCAAAUGGACAGUCCCCUAACUCACCACCUACCACUAGUAAUGGACAGUCCACCACCUCACCACCUACCACUACUAAUGGACGGUCCACCACCUCACCACCUACCACUACUAAUGGACAGUCCACCACCUCACCACCUACCACUACUAAUGGACAGUCCACCACCUCACCUCCUACCACUACUAAUGGACGGUCCACCACCUCACCACCUACCACUACUAAUGGACAGUCCACCAACUCACCACCUACCACUACUAACGGACAGUCCACCACCACACCACCUACCACUACUAACGGACAGUCCACCACCUCAUCACCUACCACUACUAAUGGACAGUCCACCACCCCACUACCGACCACUUCUAAUAGACAGUCCACCACCACACCACCUACCACUACUAACGGACAGUCCACCAACACAACAUCUACCAGUACUAAUGGACAGUCCACCACCUCACCACCUACCACUAGUAAUAGUCAGUCCACCACCUCACUACCUACCACUUCUAAUGGACAGUCCACCACCUCACCACCUAACACUACUAAUGGACAGUCCACCACCUCACCACCUACCACUAAUAAUGGACAGUCCACGACACCACCACCUACCACUACUAACGGACAGUCCACCAACACAACAUCUACCACUACUAAUGGACAGUCCACCACCUCACCACCUACCACUACUAAUGGACGGUCCACCACCUCACCACCUACCACUACUAAUGGACAGUCCACCAACUCACCACCUACCACUACUAAUGGACAGUCCACCACCCCACUACCUACCACUUCUAAUAGACAGUCCACCAUCACACCACCUACCACUACUAACGGACAGUCCACCAACACAACAUCUACCACUACUAAAGGACAGUCCACCACCUCACCACCUACCACUACUAAUAGUCAGUCCACCACCUCACUACCUACCACUUCUAAUGGACAGUCCACCACCUCACCACCUACCACUACUAAUAGACAGUCCACCACCCCACUACCUACAACUUCUAAUAGACAGUCCACCACCACACCACCUACCAUUACUAACGGACAGUCCACCAACACAACAUCUACCACUACUAAUGGACAGUCCACCACCUCACCACCUACCACUACUAAUAGUCAGUCCACCACCUCACUACCUACCGCUUCUAAUGGACAGUCCACCACCUCACCACCUAACACUACUAAUGGACAGUCCACCACCUCACCACCUACCACUAAUAAUGGACAGUCCACGACACCACCACCUACCACUACUAACGGACAGUCCACCAACACUACAUCUACCACUACUAUUGGACAGUCCACCACCUCACCUCCUACCACUACUAAUGGACAGUCCACCACCUCACCACCUACCACUACUAAUGGACAGUCCACCACCUCACCACCUACCACUACUAAUGGAGAGUCCCCCACCUCACCACCUACCUCAACUAAUGGACAGUCCACUUACCACACCACCUACCACUACUAA